AGUGUCAGUCCAGAUAUUUCUCACAUCGUGCCUGUGAUGAUUACAGUGCCAUCUGGAGAGAAUAAAUUUGACAGCAUGGGACGAAGCCGCACACCGUCGCCAGGAAGACGAAGGGAUCGAUCCCGAGAACGAGAUCGUGACAGAGAUCGACGAAGAAGACGGUCGCGAGAGAGAAGACGAAGGUCUGUAGAACGAGACAGAGUAAAGUCCAGGGACAGAGAUAGGGAACGAGAACGUGAACGAGACAGACACAGAAGAUCAUACACUAGAUCCAGAUCGAGAGAACGUGAUAGAUCAAAACACAGAUCGAAACCAAAAUCGACAAAUGAACGGCCCGUUAUCACAGAAGCGGAUCUCCAAGGCAAAACUCCAGAAGAACAAGAAAUGAUGAGAAUAAUGGGAUUUUGCGACUUUGACAGUACUAAAGGCAAAAAAGUGGAUGGAAAUGAUGUAGGUGCUGUUCAUGUUAUUUUGAAAAGAAAAUACAGGCAAUAUAUGAACAGAAAAGGUGGAUUUAAUCGACCUCUGGAUUUUGUCGCAUAAUCCUCAAAACGGUUUUAAGCGACAAAUUUCUUAUGAAAGAGGAACAUUACUCUUCAAAGAGAAGUGGAUAAAUGAGUAGACUAUAAUUCUACAAUUAAUGUGAUAAUUAA